CAGAUUAUUAGUCUUUGCCAGGUUUUUUCCAGUCCUAUGCAGUGGAAGUAGAUGUAAAGGAUGCCUCUAAUGCUACGUGCCUGUAUGCAGAAUGGAUGAUGAGAUUCUUGAUAAAAUAUGAAACAAACAGUAGUGAUUAUAAAAAUGCUACCUUGAAUUUGUCAUCCGGCGUGACACACAAUGGAAGCGUCUGUGGCAAUGACACACAAGCUGCAGUUCUGGCUGUACAGUUUGGAGAAGGUCACUCUUGGAGCAUUAACUUUACAAAAACCAAUGAAACUUACCAGGCGGACUUUGUCACGUUUACUUACAACACCAAUGAUACUGCUGUGUUUCCUGAUGCUAAAAAAAAAGGACCAGUUACUAUUGUUGUAAGGGUUACUAUGCAUCCAGUGCAAGUGAAUAACGUCUUCGUGUGUCAUAAUACUGACUUCCUUGAAGCAGAAAAUGUAACACAGAUUUUCUGGAAUGUUACUGUGCAGCCUUUUGUUCAGAAUGGCACAAUCAGUAAAAAAGAGUCUCGAUGUCAUGCUGAUAUGCCUACUUCUGCACCUACUGUUCCACCUACUACUGCCAAUGUAACUACUGCAUCUGCCACCACUUUAUCACCUGCUCCAACCACUCCUCCCAAACCUGUGGAGAAUCCAGACACAGGAAACUAUUCUCUUAAAAGCGGAAAUAAAACUUGUCUUCUGGCUACAGUGGGGCUGCAGCUGAACGUUUCCCAAGACAAGCCUCUUCUGAUCAACGUCAAUCCAAAGACAACUAGUGCAGAUGGUACAUGUGGUAACACAACAGCUACUCUGAAACUGAAUGAUAGAAAUACCACGUUCAUUGGGUUCACGUUUGUUGUUAAAAAUGAAAGUGCAAGUGCACAAAAAUUUUAUCUGAAAGAGGUGAAUGUUACCCUGCUCAACCGCCUCAAUGGUUCUGUAAUUUCAAGUGCAGAUAACAACAACUUCAGCAAGUGGGAUGCUUUCCUUGGUAGUUCUUAUAUGUGCCGAAAAGAGCAAACUCUUCAGGUUAAUGAAGAUCUUCAAAUACAUACUUUUAAUCUAUGGGUUCAGCCAUUCCUUGUGAAGGAAAAUAAGUUCUCUACAGCCCAGGAGUGUUCGCUGGAUGAUGACAGCAUUCUAAUCCCAAUUGUAGUUGGUGCUUCACUUGCUGUCUUGAUUGCCAUUAUAGUGGUUGCUUACAUAAUUGGCAGAAGAAAAAGCUAUGCCGGAUAUCAAACUUUGUGAAUCUAAACGUGAUUCCUGUUCUGAUUUCACUCUAAACAAAGCAAGUGCAAGUUCUGAAGUCCAAAAACGACCCAAACCUUAGGAGUAAUUACUAGCCACAGCUAAUUGGAGUUGAGAAACAAAGAGAGAAUGUUUCUCAGCUGAAGCAGAACUACGGUUUUAGUUUUCCUGCUCUAAGAAGAUGACGUGGGUUUCAUAGCUGUUUUGAAGAUGUCAAAUAUUGGAUGAAUUGCUAGGCUAAGGAUUUUAACUUGCAAAAACCCUAAAGUGUUUAGGAUUUAUUUCUGCUUUUUACAAAUUGUAGCCUGAAACAAGAACACAUUCUAAACUGAUGUGUAUUGGGCAACUCCCGGAACACCAUAGAAUUUGUACUUGCUUCUCUCCUCUGUGUUCCUUAGUCAUUGUCAUAAUUGUGGGUUAAGUUGGUAGCAUUAGUCACUAUGGUGACUCCUAUAGUAUUUAACAAGGAUUGUACCAUGCCCAGUAACAACUUCGUUUUUCAUAGAAUUGAACUUCAGGUUGGUAAUUAAGUAAUCUUUUGAAGUGGCAGCAGUAACUUACUUAGCUUUGACAGAAUUUGUGCAGUUUACUCCUGCUUUGGUGUAGUUUCAGGAAUCAUUCCUAUACCCUGGCUGAACAGAUAAAAUGGGUAACCUAUACUUGCCAAAUAGUGGAUGUAUAGGGAGAUGUCAGUGCCGUUUCCAAAUUCUCUCAACAACAACAAAAUAAUUACUGUUAGGCACUGAAUUCUUCAUCACUUACCAUACCUUGGCAGUCAUUUAAAAUACUCAACUGAGGCAGAGUUCUGCUAAAUUAAUGCAAGCUUUUUUGCUGGCAUCAGUUUAAAGGGAAUAACCUUUCUAAAUAUUCCAGAACUUUAAAGUGCACUUAACUUUAUAUCAUACUCUGCACAGAACUGGUCUGUCUUGUUGCUUUGAAUGACCAUUGUUUAAAGAUGCUUUCAUUUAAUGAGCCAGUAUCUGUUAUUGCAGCUUGAGCUGUCUUUAAAUCUUCAUCUUGAAUGGUUCUCUGCCAACCAAAAUUCACAUUAUAACUGCCCGCCAUUGGCAUUCUGAAUGUUUAAUGUACUUUGUGUUUGAUUGUUUGCUGUGUAGCAUUUAUUAAUGUUAAGAAUGCAAAAGCCAAAUGAGUCUGAGAUGGACCCACAACACCUGUUUUUCCCUUGCUGUAUGGAAAGGAUAACUAGCUUAAAAAUGCAGUGCAACUAGACUGUUCUUAAACUGCAGCUCUGUAGAGACUAACCCUUGCUGCACAGUUUUUCCUCUGGCCUCCUUGUGCUGUAAUAUAUAGUUUUUACUGCAUGGGAAAAAAAAAAUGUCUUUUAGACUUAAGUAAGUGUGGCUUGUUUGCAUAUGUCAUAACAUGAGCUGCCUAAACUAGUUAUUUAAUGAACGUAACAUUGUCUCCCCCAUUGGAAUGAGUUUAGCCUGCAUCAAAGCUGGUUUAGUGUUUUAUUAGUGUUUUCUAGGGUUGUAGAGAUAUCUGUGGCAUGUUUGUAUACAAAUAAUAAAAUACACUUCUUUCAGUAAUUUUUUCUGGUAAAAAACAGUUUACUCGACACAAGCUAGGGAAGCAAGUAUGGGUGGAUAAUGCUUACUGUAGCUUGUAGUCUACAGCCUGAAUUUUGCAUAAGUUACAUUUUAAUGACAGUGGGGAACUACUAUAAAUUUAAUCCUGAAACAGGCUGCAAGACUACCAUUUUAAUUUAAAAAAAAAAAGUGGAUCUAAUGACUUUCAUAUUAAUAUCCUUAAAUACAGAAGUUAAUAUAGAUUUUUAGCAUUUUGGUGGCUGAUGUUCAGUGGCACCAGUUACAUGUGCAUUUCUGUUAAAGGAGUAGUUACCACACUGUAUUCAUCUGACCAUGCAAAUUUUUGACCUGAGCAUGGUUUCAAAGUGACAAUAUAGAAGAUUAGUGCAAACUACUCCUAAAAUUCAACAGUAUCAGAAAUAUGUUUGCAAAAACCUGCAAGUUAAUCUUCCUUUGCAAGUAUAUUGGCUUAGAGAUUAAAGUACACCUAGACUGAUGUGCAGAUAACCGGUUCAAAAAACAUCUAAGUUUCACCUGGCUGCCUGUUUAUAAAACCACUAGUUUUCCUGUAUGUAUUGCUCCAUAGGGAACUGUUAACCUGUUCAACAUGUGCUCUAAAUAAUAAAGAUCGUUCUAUUUCUUAAGGAAACUUGUUCAUUUUUUAACUGAUUUGAAAACAGACAUCUUGUACUGUCUCUUUAAAGAAAAUAAACUGAGGUCAAGGUCAGUCAGUCUAUAUCUGAGAUUCUUUUACAUAGCUGGUGAAGGUACUCCUUGAAGAGUCCUCUGUUGUCUGUGGCUUAAUGCCUUGUUUUGCAGCACAUUCUGAAGUGUGCUUGGGUACAACCCACCAGCAGAAGACAGCUCGAACUAAUAGAGACACUGUACAUCUGGUUCAUCAUUAGAAAUCUGCUUGUAACCUUGUUGUCAGUUGUAGCUCCGUGCAGACAAGAUGCUUUUAUGAUUUGAUUUUGCUAGCCAUCUUAAUUUGGUGUACAGCUGUGAACGCUUGAGUUUCUUCUUGCAGUUGUCCUGGAAAAUGAGAUUGGUCUCUGCAUUCACCAAAAGUGGAAGAGCCUUAGGGAGCCUUCCCCGAAUUCAUUAGUAGCUUCAUCCUCUUAAGGUGGAAGCUGUGUUGAUCCUGUCUGUGCUGCUAGUUCUUCUGGUAACAGUACUACUAUAUACUUUUUUUCUGCAUCAAGAGGUGCACUAGUUCUUCCCUUUACCAUACUUCUUUCUGCCCCAUCUUGUGAACUCUAUGGCCAUAUGACAAGAGGGAAAAGUGCAGUCUGAUCCUAUAUUCUUUCUUCUUGGUUCUAGCCUGCACUAAUUCUAUAAUCAUUAUGUUAAAGCUUCCUUCUUAUCUGCUACACAAAGUCAAAAUAAUGUUAGCACCUUUCUGAAGUGUAAGCUGAAGUCAACUGAAGCUUUUUUAACAUAAAGGAAAAUACAAAUAUUUAACAGACUCUGGUAAAAGAGCUUAACAGUGGGGCUCCUAAGGAUGUGAAUUUAAACUAUAAGGGAAGUGCAGACGUCAUAUUUCUGACAAAUUAUCAUUACAAAUCAGUCUGCAAGAGUCUGUGACAAAACUUGGAACAAUCAGGAGUUAGUGCUGUCCUGUAAUAAGUGCAAAGACUGUUUGUUGUUUUUUUGGGGUUUUUUUUGUCAAAAGAUUAUUUUAUUUUUUUUAACUGUAAUUCUAUCUCCAGUAUUGUUGUCUCUCCUGGAGACUUGCAGUGAGUAUGUAGACACUGGAAGAUUGGACUUUGUAUUGUAUAGUACUGGUAAAGCUACAGUAGUAUCUCAUGGAAUUAUGAGUCUGUUAGUUGUGAUGUUUGGGAAGGGGAACUGUUGCUGUUGUCUUUUUGGGGAGGGGGAGGAGAUCAGGGUUUUGUGGAGGACUGUCUGAUGUGCCGUUGGGGAAAGGUGUAACUGUUUUAAAUAAUGAGAGGAAGAUUACAGUGUUAAAGAGAGUCAAGCAAACAGUCUGUUUUUCAAACAGACCUGGUUAAGAAAUGAUGCAGAAUGUAUUGUCAUGGUUUAUGUUUGAACCUAACAACUUGCAGUAUGUCCUGGUUCAUAAUCGAUUGAUUAAUUAAUUUCAGUUCUUCUAAAAUUACUACACCUUUAAUUUCAGAAUAUUAAAAAUAUGCAGUGGCAUUAUGUGAAUAAAAAUGGUUUUGUUCUGGUAUGUGGAAACAGCAUUUAACUUGUGUACGCUUGUGGAUGUUGAAUAUUAAUGUGUAUAAUUAUCAUAGACUGCAGUUUUUGAUUACUAUUGACUGUGCCUUAUAUACAGUUUACUAAAUAUUAAAAUUGUUCUAUAAGAUACCAAGAUUUCUGAUCUUUUAGCUUAAAAAAUGCUGUGCUAGGAGUCCUCAAAAGAAGCUUUUCCAGCCAAUGAAUGCCUUUUUGUUUGGUUGUUUUUUUUAAUUUUUAAACUUACCACAGUGUUCUCUAUUGUAUAACGUAAACCAAUAAAACCACAAACUUUUGGGCUGUCAGUUGCAUCUCAUGGUUGGCAUUAAAAGGGAAGAUACCUUUUAUACUGGGACUAAAAACAUUGGGGGCCAAGAUUUUUUAUUAUUUUGAAUGGAGAUACAUUCAACAAAAUUUGUCAAAAAAGCUGCUGCUCCUGGCCUGAGUGUGGAGUCUGCUUGUGGUGGAGAGUUACCAGGUUCUGCAUUUGAAGACACUUCUCUGAAGCUUCUAACCAUUGUACAGGAACAGUACGUGGACAGAUGUGUGCCAACAACAGUGGCAAACUGGAGAGGUAAAGGAUGGAAUGUUCCUGGUAUGAACUUUAAACUCUUUUUUUUCCUCCUGGGAAUUCCUUGUAACAUUGCCAUAGUGUAGUGAUUGCAGUGAUCUCCUUCCUUUAGAGAAAAGAGAAUGGGAAUUUCUGUCACUGCCUGCUGGGCACCUUUCAUCCUUAGCAAAUUCAUUCAUUUUAGUAUUAAUGACCCAUUAUCCAGCAUGUAGUAGUUAAAUUGUGUAUGUUGAUCUUCGAUGAACAAAGAUGACUAAACAUCAAAUGCAGUUCUCUUUGUAAGAUGCUUAAAUGCUUUCUCAGUAGUUGGAAUAUUUUGAAAUAGCUCACUGUAUAAUGUACAUAUUUCCUUUCUCCUUUUUCUCCCCCCCCCCUUCCAAGUGUUGCUCUGCUUGGCAGGAGGUGCUUUCAGAUUCUCCAAGUUUAGUAUUUUCAGGUGCUGAACCCUUGUAAGUUAUUUUUGUUCCUCCUCGUUGCCAAAGGCUUUGUGUAGCCUUUCAUGAAGGGGUAGUGGCAAGUGUGUCCUGGACUGUAGGGGGCUAAAUCAAGACAGUAGAUUUCCCUUAACUAAGGCUGAUUCAGUUAGAUGGUCAAAUGGUUUGAAUAUUCACUUAAAACAAUAGCUAACUUUUCAUAAAGCAUUGAAUGUGUGUGACACUUUGUUCUAAUAGAAACUCAAGCAAAAAGGUUUUAGAAGGAGUUCUGCUUUAUUAAAAGCAUGGAGGUCAAGCACCCUUAGAGCGCUGAAGCAGCGCACAGACACUGUGCCCUAUCUCCCUGGACAUCUCAUCUUGGCGCUGCCCAGGUGGAGCUCUGCUCUCUUUGCAAACAGGGGAAGAACACCCGGCCCUGCCUCCGUGUCUCGGGUCUGUCACUGGGUUUGAAAUCAGUUCCAGUGGUGGUUGCUAGUCCUUGCACCCGUGUUUGUAUCAGCAGGGAGUUAAUCGCAUAUUUCACAACCUGUACAAUGAAGACCACUGUAGCAUUACAGCUCUCUCUUCUUUUUUCUCCUCUGUUGAUUUCGGUAAUAACUGCAUACUUCUCAGCUGAAACUGAUAACUCUUUUCUUGUAUUUGCAUUGAAAAUAAAUAAAGUUACCCAUUCAAAGA